AUGUAUCGUGAUCUUCGUGAGUUAUACUGGUGGUCGAGUUUGAAGCGUGAGGUUACUGACUUCAUUGCUCGAUGUUUGAUGUGUCAGCAGGUUAAGGCUAAGCAUCAGUUACCUUCGGGUUUUCUACAGCCAGUUAAGUUGGAAUUACCCCCUGAGCUAGAUUGUAUUCAUGAUGUGUUUCAUGUCUCGAUGUUGAGGCGGUACUGUUCUAACCCAUCCCAUGUCGUCUCAGUUGAAGAGAUUGAGCUUAGGCUGGACUUCACAUUUGAAGAGGAGCCGGUUCAAAACCUGGAUCGAGAUGUUAAGGUUUUGAGGAGAAAGUCUAUUCCAUUAGUAAAGGUUCUGUGGCGGAAUCAUAGCACUGAUGAGUCCACGUGGGAACCUAAGGAUUCAACACGUCAGCAGUAUCCACAUCUGUUCUGA